CACCUCAUACAUUUAUUCCGACCCCAAGAUCGCGUCCAUCCACCGCCAAAAAGCUCCCAUCUUUCCUCCUCAACAACCUGCUCGACAGCUGACCUGCCCAAAACCACCAAAAGCAGAUCGAUGUGGAGCACUCCAGCUCACCGGCCUGCAAACCCGAUGGCGCUCGUCGACGCCAAGGCCGAAGGCGCGUCCACCUCCGCCGAGCCCGUGGCGCCCGCGCACCCCGUGUUCCUCGUCGUCCUCGACGGCGUCGAGACGCCCAUCCACGAGGGCACGCUCUACGGCAACGGCGGCGGCUCGGUCACCGUCACCGGCCCCGGCAACCUCUCCGCCGACGGCCUCCGGAGCGUUCUCGUCCGCGGCGGCGGGGCCGGGACCACCGUGCGGUUCACGCUCUGCGCCGACGCGGCCGCCGAGGGCGUCGGGGCGGCGUGGUUCGACCGCUGCGGCGCGGCGCGCGCGGAGGGGGCGCGGGAGGUGUCCGUGACCCGGUGCCGCGCCGCGGAGGUGGAGCGCGCCGGGAAGGUCGCCGUCGAGCGGUGCCGGGACGCGCGGCUCCGCGGCGGCGGGGCGGCCGUCGCCGCGCGGUGCCGGCGCGCCGACGUGGAGAGUUUCGGCGGGGUGCGCCUGGCGCGGUGCAAGGCCGCGCGGCUCGACUGGUGCGGCACCGUGGAGGUCGAGAUGUGCAGGGCCAUCGACGUCAGCCGGUGCGGCGCCGUCACCGGGGAGCGGUGCCGCGUCGUCAACGCCGCCGGGUGCGGCAGCGUGGCCGUGGCGCACGCCGAGGUCAACAUGGUGGAGGAAGAGCAGCUGUUGUCGAUGAAUGAGCCUGGAGCCGCGUUCUCGGCGCCGGCGGCGAGCCAUGUCUGUGGAGCAGCUGAAGAAGAUCCGGCAGCUGCAGGCGAUACUGCAUCAUAUCUGUCGUAAAUGGAACACGAACUCGUGCACAAAUUGUUCAGUAGGCUUCAUGAUUCGUGAUUACUCCCUUGCUUGAAUGUAUCCUCGCUACAUUUUUCUAAAUUGGUGGGACGUGGAUCGAUUCAGCAGCGCGCAAUCCUGAUCAUUUGGUUCUGUGAUGGCAACUUCCAAAUUCAUUUCAAAGUUUCUAACCACACCUACCAAAAUAGUGUUUGUACGUGCUUCAUGGAUCAUGAACAUAACAUUCGCUCUGGACUCUGGUUGAGAAUUUGAGAUGAGGAUCAAUACAUGAUACAUCAUCCCACAAGGGUAAGUA